CAUUCCCUCUUGUGUUUCUCGUGGCACGGACGAGCAUUGAAGAGUGAGAGAAAAAGGGGGGAAGACAGAAAGAACGAGGGAAUUAAAAAAAAAAACCGAGUGAAAGAAAGCCCUCUUUCUUCCAAAACGUGUCCCACCAAACUGUAGAUAUAGCUGAGGACUUGGUUCUUUUCUUUCUUUUUUUUUUAAAACCUCCGUUUCGGACUAUUCCAUAGAUACAAAAUGGGUUCAGAGUUUAAAAUAACAGAGAAACAAUAUAACGAUGCUAACCAGACGUUUAACUUGUUCGACAAAAAAGGUGACGGAACUGUGAGUACAAAAGACCUGGGUCAAGUCUUUAAAGGUCUAGGUCUACAGGUAGAUGGUCAGAAACUCAAAGAUUGGGCAGAUGAGGCCGACGAGGAAGCUUGCGGGUUCAUCCGAUGGGAACAGUUCAAACCAAUCUUCGAGUUGAAGCUAAAGGAGGAUGAGGACGAGAGGGAAUUAAAAGAGGCAUUCCGAGUGUUGGAUAAGAGUAACAAGGGAGUAAUAGCUGUAGAAGACUUGAGAUGGAUCCUCAGGUCUCUAGGUGACGAUCUGACAGAUGAUGAAAUAGAAGACAUGAUUCAGGAGACUGACACCGAUGGCAGUGGCACUGUGGAUUACGAAGAGUUCUAUAAAUUGAUGAUGGGAUGAGAACGAGGCUAUGAGGUCUCUACGUCUGCAAACAAAACUCUCUUAAUUUAGAAAUAAUAAAUCAAUAUAAAAAAAAAAAAAGAAAAAUCCCCAAAUCGCACCAUUUUUUUAAUAAAGAUUUGUGUUAUUUUAUUUUUUGCUUGUUUCAAAGACUUUUUAAAAGUAUCUGCUACAGGCCAUCGCUACUUCUGCUCUAAGCAGACUUUAGACUUGCCAGUUUGCCUGAUGCUUUGUUCCAGCCAAAUAAAAAAAAAAUAUAUAGAACAAUGCAGCGCCACCACAAGUCGUUUGCUAACACAUUAAUUCACGACGUCUGCCAAUUAUUUAUUUUUUUACCAUUUAUAAUAUAUUUUUUGGUUUUAUUUUAUAUUUUAAGUUUUGCGAUUUAAAUGUUCAACAUUUAAUCUUGACUUGUUUAACCAUGUCAUUUAAUAUUAUAGUUUGUUUGUUUGUUUGUUUUUGUUUCUUUAUAAAAGCAACACUUGAAUAUAACGUUUUGAUUUGUUGAGCAUUUUCCGCUACUAAAUUUGAAUUUACCUUUUCACACAUCUUGUUCCCAUGAUUUUUUUUUACAUACAUGUCAAUUUGCACUUUUAAUCCAAUGGCAUGGUUAGGGUUGGCUCCCUUGAACAAGCACGGGGGUCACAUCAACAUCAUUUCGUUGGCUCUUUGGGCCUGAACUUUCUUUUUUUUUUAUGACAUUGUUCUUAUUAAAUAGGACUUCUGUAAUUUAUAAGAUAAGAUAAAAUGUACUAGGAGUCCAGUAAAGAAAUUAGGAGCCAUGUCAUUGGACACUUAUUUUAUAAAACUUGCUUUUGUUUCAAUAAAACAAAUAUUUGACAUUAAUGAUUGAUUUGAUUGAAGUAUUGUUAUCAAAUUCUUUUAAUAGCAAAUUUUAUUACGGUGUUAAAAUAUUAUACGAUAUUAAAGUAAAUAUAUACCAGCA